AUGGCAGCACGAACCCUUAAAUUGAUAUUACUUCUGCUCUUGCAAGCUGUGUUACUGCUGUCUGUCCAGGCGGACGAUUUCCCAAGCCAGUUCGGUAUGAACUCGAAAACACUCAUAUGGGAUGAAAGCUGUAAUAAGGCCAAUCCCUCGAACCCCCAAGAGUCGAGACGUGCUGGAGUGGAACGAGCUUGGAUGGGUGCUCUCGAGCUCAGCAACAUGGCUUGGAUGCGAUUCCAGCAUGUGACAUGGCCAAUCAUUCAGCGAACGAUGAUAGAUACAACGGAAGAGAAGCAUAUCCACGUGAAUGAUCCAGCAUACGUUCUACUGUUUGCGCUUGAUUCGUCCAAAGAAGGCCGGGAUAAGAUUUUGGAAACAUUAAAAAACCUGAAUGAUCUAUUAAAUUUAGGUCCAGGCGACGACGACUGCGGCCAAGUUCUUAAGAUUAGUUGUGCGGAUACGCACUAUAUGGAAGGAGAAGAUCAGUGUCACGGCGCUUACGCGGCGACAGAGUCAUAUAUGGAUCAAGACACCAGCGUUAUCACCUUCUGUCCUCAAUUCUGGACAAAGCCGAGGUUUGAUCAAUUGAAACAUAAUCCGGAGGAGGUCGAGGCUCGGUACCAAAACCCAAACUACAAGGGCACAGAUGCUGAAACUGUUGUGCACGAGUUCAGCCAUCUUUGGUGGAUUGGAGAAACCAAUGCCGAUGAUGAGACCGUUCCUGAAGUUUAUGGAUUGGCGCAGUGUGCAUACCUCGCAUGGAACGAUGGCGAACCAAUUCCCAACAAUGAGCAGGUGAUUGAGAACGCCGAUACCUAUGGAUAUUAUCAUGAAUGGGGAUACUUCAGAAUGCAAAAGAUACACAAUCUCUGGCCUCAGGGUAUGGCUCCUCCGAAGAUCAAAAUCCCCAUCCAGAACUGGCGAGGCCGAUAA